GUUACAACAGAGUUUGGGUCCCGCGGGAUGAUGUUUUGAUGGGACCCGCCCAAACCUUCUCGAAUCUAGAGGGAGGGGAUUCCUCCCCUCACCGCUAUAAAAACUAGUUUCGCACGGCCAUCAAAAUUCGCCUGAACUUGAGCUUAAGUUCUCCCUUUGCUCGUCGUUUAUCGGAAUCGUCUCUUCUCCGGCCCGGAUUUGGAACUCUCCGUUCACGCUUUCCAUCCUCUUCUCGAGUGUUAAAUCUAUGGCGCAAUUUGAUCGGAGCCAGGAGCUUGUGGACAAGGCUGAUGAUUACCACAACGUAUCUGGUUCUAAUGGCAGUCUGCUUCGAGAAAACCGAGGGAUUGCUCCCCGGAGGCCUCUAGUAGAUGAAUUUACUGAAUCCGACACUGAGGAUGCUUUUGAAAUGGGUGACCCGGCUACGGAUACAUCUGCUAUGGAGGUCAGAAAUGGCAAGGAUAUACAAGGGAUUCCGUGGGAGCGGUAUAAUGUCACCAGAGACAAUUACCGUGAAGUGAGGUUGCAGCAAUACGAAAACUAUGAGAGCCUCUCGCGUUCUAGAGAGGAACUUAAGAAGGACUACAAGGAUGUGGUGAAAGGGUACAUGUUUUAUGACUUCCAAUACAACACAAGGGUCUUGAAACCAACAAUUGCUCACUUUCAGCUAAGGAACCUCUUAUGGUCAACCUCAAAACAUGAUGUUUAUUUGGUGCAAAGGAACUCGCUCAUGUACUGGUCUUCUCUUCGCAGAAAAGAGAAGGAAGUUUUUAAUAUUGCUAGACCACUUGAACCAUCAACGAAAUACCCUGGAUCCAUUGGCCAGACACUCUUUAGAGUGCAGAUAUGCUCUCUUGCCGUUAAAGACAAUCUAAUGGUUGCAGGUGGUUUUCAAGGGGAACUCAUAUGCAAGUACAUAAACCAACCAGGGGUCGCCUUUUGCACUAAACUAACAACCGGCAAAAAUGCUAUAACUAACACAGUGGACAUAUGUCAUGCACCUAAUGGCUUGGUGAAGGUUAUGGCUGCAAAUAAUGACGCACAAAUUAGAGUGAUUGAUGCCCAAAGCUUUGUUUAUCUUAACCGCUUCACGUUCCCUUGGUCUGUUAAUAAUAUUUCUGUCAGCCCAGAUGGUAAAAUGGUCACGGUUGUUGGUGACGACCCUGAAUGUUUGAUAGCCGAUGCUCAUACAGGAAAGGUUGCAGGCAACCUUAAAGGUCACCUAGACUAUUCAUUCGCCUCAGCCUGGCACCCAAACGGACAAAUUGUUGCAACAGGUAACCAGGACACAACUUGUAGGUUGUGGGACAUCAGGAACUUGUCACGCUCCCUGGCGGUCCUCAAAGGGAGAAUGGGCGCAAUUCGCGCGGUCCGGUUCAGCUCAGACGGCCGGUUCUUGGCCAUGGCGGAGCCGGCAGAUUUCGUGCACAUUUUCGACACGCAUUCCAACUACGAGUCAUGCCAGGAGAUUGAUCUGUUCGGGGAAAUCGCGGGAAUAUCCUUCAGCCCCGAUACUGAGGCUCUCUUCGUUGGGGUUGGAGACACAACAUAUGGAAGCUUGUUAGAGUUCAACCGUAGGCAUCGCAAUCGCUAUGUACAUUUCCUCUAAAAUCCUUUCAACAUAUAUGUGACAAACAAGAGACGUUGGAAUAAUACUUGUGAAAAUAUAUUGGGCAAUCAACCCCGGCGCCAACUAUCUCCAAAAACGAUAAAACCGUCCCUAAUCCAGAGUAUACCUCCUGGACCAUCGUUGACACACAGAUCCGCGCCUGCCUCCUAGCGGUCAUCAGCCCCUCCGUUCACAAACAUGCUCGCGGCUUCACCACAUCUGCUGCCCUCUGGGAUGCUUUGGCCGCACGGUACAACUCCGUGUCCACCGCUCAUGUUUAUCAGCUUCGGGACAAACUCCACACUCUUCGUAAAGGUACCAAAACUAUGACACAAUACCUUGAUGAUGUGGCAACUAUUCUCUCGGAUCUCGAUGCCUUGAAAGAAGAGAUCCCUGAACGUGAUGUGGUGAAUGCUGUUAUUCGUGGUCUUCCCACCGAAUACUCAUCCUUUAAGCAAAACAUUCGCAUGAACAAUACCAA